CUGCUGAAGACGCCCUGGAGGGCGGCCACCGCCAUGCAGUUCUUCACCAAGGGCUACCAGGAGACCAUCUCCGAUGUUCUGAAUGACGCCAUCUUUGAUGAAGAUCAUGAUGAGAUGGUAAUUGUGAAGGACAUAGACAUGUUCUCAUUGUGUGAGCAUCACCUCGUUCCAUUUGUUGGAAAGGUACACAUUGGCUAUCUUCCUAACAAACAAGUACUUGGCCUCAGCAAGCUUGCUAGGAUCGUGGAGAUAUACAGUAGAAGAUUACAAGUCCAGGAACGCCUUACCAAACAAAUCGCAAUAGCUAUCACCGAAGCCUUACAGCCUGCUGGAGUUGGAGUGGUUAUUGAAGCUACGCAUAUGUGUAUGGUAAUGCGUGGGGUACAGAAAAUGAACAGUAAAACAGUAACCAGCACAAUGUUGGGGGUAUUCCGGGAAGAUCCAAAGACCCGUGAAGAAUUCUUGACACUCAUCAGAAGCUGAAACUGUGUGAAUUCUCUAAACGCACUGUGGAGAUUGCUCUGUCCAGUGUCACUGUCUGUUCUUACUCGUUCUUACAUCUCACUUUUAAACUAAAUUGUUGUGAAUUGUUGUCAUAGUCUUUGUGUGAUGAAAAGACUUCUGAUGGCAAAA